AUGGUCCUCGGCAAAGUCGCACAUUACGCCUUUGAUGCGGUACUUAUCUCCGCUUUCCUGGCUGGCGUCCGGCGCUCAACCGGCCUCACUUUAAAGCCAGAUUCCUUCAGCGAAAACCCCAGCGCCCUCAAGUGGUUUGAAAACUACCUUUGGGUCGGUGAGACCGUCAUGGACCAGAGCGUCGCCCUUUUCGGUGCCAGCUCGUACUUUGAGCGCAAGCGAUAA